GGUCCAUACCCAACUCUCUAAUAAAUGAAAAGACAGAAAAAAACUCAUGAAAUUAGUGUUUGAGGGCAUAGAGUUGCUAAGGACGUAGGGCAACAUUAAACAAAGAACAACAGUAGUCAUAACUCAUACGACCAAUAUCGAACUCUUUCUAUUUUCCUCAAUUUAUUUAAAUUAAAUGUUCAAUAAUCGUUUGUUUUUGUGGCAGAAAAAAUAGCUUGUCCUGGGCCGACCAGUUUCGACUUUUCAAUACUCUUCUUUUUUUUCUCUUUUUAAUGAAAGAAUAUCAAUUUUCUCUAAAUAAGAUCACGUAAUUGGUCUAUUUAAACUCAAAUCUUAUACUCUUCUGUACUUUAUCAAUUCCAAGGCAACAACUCCUUUUGCUGUGCUAACUAACUUGAUUCGUAUUUUUUUUUUGAACCGUCCCAACUAACUUGAUACAUUUCUUUAUAUGACAAAAGUUUUUCAAUUUAUUCAUAUUUUUACUUUUAUACCUACCAUAUUUUAAACACUAAACAUUAAUUUCUUAAAUCUCGUACUCAAAAGUUUUGUCUAAAGUUAAUUGGGACGAAGAACAUCAUAGACAAAUAAUUUAAUUUUAUGUGCCAUUUGCAAAUUUCAUUAAAUUUUCCUUAAUUUGUAGUAAUAUUCAUUAUAUGUCACAAAAUCAAAUAUUUAACCUUAUUAUUAUACUAGACUUACCAAACACCCUAAAAGUCGAUAAAUUUAUUGGGUAAUCAAUUUCCAGCUUACCCCUUUCUAGUUACUUUGUCGCAAUCUAGUCCCAAUAUAGAAUGGAUAGCACCAACCACAUGAAAUGAAACUACUCUACUCUACUAGUGUAAAACAAGGAUUUAAGGAGAUCGAUUUCAGCCUCUUAAAAUUGUGGCGUCGCUGCAAAAAUGAGGUCUUUGGGAAAUGGCGGCAUAUGGGGAAUGCGCUCAUUUCACGAUAACUUUCGGCGGCGGAGAAAUAUCAAAAGAGAAUCGAAGCCCUCCAAUUCAAUAGACUCCGCCGGUGGAGGCGGCGGUUACCAGUUCCCCCUCCAGCAGGCCGCCACCAGCGCCGCCCUUUGCUUGACCGGAGACACCAUUGCCCAGCUCCGCCACCGUUGGGUCAGAAAUAAGGAAAGCCUUGUCAAGGAUAUCAUCUCUGAACACGACUAUAUACGAGCCCUCCGGAUGUGUUCAUAUGGAUUUCUGCUCUAUGGUCCCGGUUCGUAUGCAUGGUACCAACUCCUCGAUCAUUUUAUGCCACACAAAAAUUUUCAGAACCUAACGGCAAAGGUUGUGUUAAAUCUGAUUGUAUUAUGUCCCACUGUAAUUGCUGUUAUUUUUGCGUGGAACAAUUUAUGGCUGGGGAAGCUCUCGGAACUUCCUCAUAAAUACAAGAACGACCUCCUCCCUACCCUACUUAUAGGUUUUCAGUUUUGGAUUCCUGUCAGUAUAUUGAACUUCUGGGCGGUUCCUCUUCAAGCUCGUGUUGCUUUCAUGUCGAUGUCAUCCAUAUUCUGGAACUUUUAUUUGUCUUCGACCAUGAGCAGAUGACUUGUUGCUUCAAAGACUCAAUCUUCAGCCAGAAAUUGGGUGAAAUUAUUCUAGGGUUUCACCCGGAAAGAAUAAAAGUGGGUUGCAAUAUGCGCAAUGUAGGAAGUUAGGAACCCAAGAUCGCAUGCACGUAUAGGC